UAAAGCAACCUUAUCAUGUUCCCCGAAGGAACUGCAAACUUGGGAGCGACGGUCAUGUUUUGGGUCUCCUGCCCUGCCAAGGAAACACUUGAGCGUCUCACGGUUCUUCUACGUCUCUGUUCUCCCAGGGCUGCAGUCCCGUCCAGGAGAAAGGGGAGUGUCCAGAGAAGUGCAGUGACUAACUUAGACCGCAGCCAGGAGGCUGGAGGACCGCGAGCGGCGCGAGGAGCCCUGUCCUUGGUGCUGCCGUCGCCCCUGGCCCCGAGCGGCUCCCACAGCGGCCGGCUUCCUCUCGGCACCCGCGCGGCGGCGGUUCACCGAGACUCGUUCUCGACACCGACUUUGAGAACGCCUUCGAUUCACAAACUCCGCACCCGGCGUCCUCACGCCCCGCAGAGAGGGCGACCGCGACAACUUCACCUGCGAGGCUCCCGAGCAAGCCCGGCUCGGCCAGCGCCGUGGAAAGGCCCGUCUGGACGCCUCGCCUGCGCGAGCAAGGACCCCGGCCGCCCUCCUCGCUACCCGGCCGCCCUCCGCGCCACGCCGCCUCUCGCCACCCAGCCGCCUGCCUCCGCGCCGGCCCCGACCCGCAGGCAGAAGAGCGGCCCGAGCCUCGCCCCAGCCACGCCCCUCUCCACCGUGCAGUGCGCCGGCGCAGAACCUCUGACGCCGGCCCAAGCCCCACCCCCUUGGAGAGCGACCAUUGGCCUCGGGGACGGGGCUUGGGCACAAGAUGGCCGCUGCGCGCCCGGAGCACACGAGUCCGAGCUCACGGAUCCCAGAGUCGCGAUCCCUGGAGCCGCCGGACCUGGUGGGCUCGAUGAAUGGGCCUGGGCGGAAUGCCUCGAGGCGGGAGAGGUCGCAGGGCAGGGGGCGGGGCCUAUGAAGGUCCUGACACCUGAUGAUGGCCGCCCCGCCACACCCCCAAGUGACCUCAUCGAGAUCCAGGUGGUGAAGGUCACAGAUACCUCCCUGGUACCAGAGCCACCAGAGCCAGGUUCUUUCCACUGUGCCUUGUGUCCAGCUGCCUUCCGACUGGUCUCCGAGCUGCUGUUCCAUGAACAUGGCCACCUGGCAGGCGCAGAUGGGGGCGGGCAGGGUGGGGACCCAAGCCGGUGUCACGUGUGUGGUCACAGUUGCCCAGGUCCCGCCAGCCUCCGUGCUCACUACAGCUUACACACAGGGGAGCGGCCCUACCGCUGCCCGCUGUGCCCGCGGGCCUUCAAGGCCUUAGCGCCACUGCUCCGGCACCAGCACCGACAUGGGCUGGAGCCAGGCACCUCCCGCAGGCCUCCGCAAGCCGCAGCAGCUGGAGAGCCAAGCCCAGGGGUGCCGCAGGAGAGGUCAGAGGUGGUGAUGGCCGCUGCGGCUGCUGGCGCGGCGGUGGGGAAGCCCUUCGCUUGCAGGUUCUGUGCCAAACCGUUCCGCCGCUCCUCAGACAUGCGAGACCACGAGAGGGUGCACACCGGCGAGCGCCCGUAUCACUGCGGCAUCUGCGGCAAGGGUUUCACGCAGUCCUCCGUGCUGAGCGGCCACGCCCGCAUCCACACUGGCGAGCGCCCUUUCCGCUGCACCCUCUGCGAUCGCACUUUCAACAACUCCUCCAACUUCCGCAAGCACCAACGCACCCACUUCCAUGGGCCGGGGCCUGGGUUGGGAGACUCUGGGAGCCAGUUGGGCUCACUUGAGGUGGCUGAAGGGUCAGGGAGUGGGUGCGGGACAGAUAGCACUCUGGAAGAGGGGCAUGGGGAAAUGGUGAAGGUGAAGGUGGAAGUUGACCAGUAGGCUGGGAGAGCAGGUCUGGGGGUGAUAAUUCUGGAAGUAGAAGGCAGAUUGCAGGGGAGGGUGUGGGCAGAAAGAGACAGGGGCAGACAGGGAGGUAGUGAGCUGCUGGUGUUGGAGAAGGAGACUACCAAGGUUGUGGACUCCCAGAGACCCACACUGCACCUAGGUGAGAGGCCACAGGAGGGGUAGUGCAGCCCUGUGUGUGCCCAGGUGAACAUGAUACGGUGGGAAGCAUUUCACUGUCCUGUUUGCAUUCUUGUUAGGUUGUCCUUGGGCAAAAUGUAGCCUGUAACAGAACCUGAACACUAAAAAAGGGGAGCCAGGGUCAAGUGGAAGGUGGGAAAAUCUCAUCCACCAUAUUGUUCCUGAUCUAGGCCUUCUGCAGAGUGCUGGACUAUUUGGGGCUCCCUAAGGUGGACGGUGGUGGAAUCUUUUCCUACCUCACUGUAUUGCACUGGACUUGAGUUGCCUACAAACCCCUAGGCAGAAGAUGUCCACCACUUACUGGCUCCUUUCUGAAGCUUUAGGCUUAGAGCCUGUGGUCCAACACAUCUGCAAAGAAGUCUCAGGCUUCUCUACUUUCCUCCACUCUGAAUUUGAAGCAGUUUAUUGCCUAGUCCCAGGCAGUCCCAAGGAAGGACUAACUAAUGGCAGCAUGGCCUUCUGGCGGCACUGUGGAAUAAGAGGACUUGAAAGCUGGAGGUGGGAAACCUCCAGUCUAUUCCUAUUAAAGGACUUGAUGAAGGGUU